AAUAUGGCAACUUCCACAAGACCGCGACGCGCUGCAAGCACCAAACGUUCUGUCAGCCCUGGGUCAGCAACCCCAAGCACGAGAAAGAAACGACCAGGAACGCCUGCCUCCACAGCAACAGAGGAGAUCCCAGAGGAGUCUGAAGUUCCCACGGCACCAGCCACGCCCGUCCCCACCAACCCCAACUCGUCUUCUCCAUCAGCAUGUAGCACGCCAGCUCCAGGACCUAGCCCUCUCACGGUCCCACCAGAUGUCAGCACUGAGAAGAUCCCAGUUUUUAAGGAUCCUAACUUUGUACAAGCCAGGCAAGAAGCAGCAGCUAGUAAAAAAGGUAGAACUUGGAAAAAUCUCAAACAAAUUGUAGCUGCGGAGAAACUGUUACCAUGGAAACCAGAUGACCCCACUUAUGGAUCAAUAGAUGCCCCACCUACCUUUAAGCCAGUUAAGAAAUAUUCAGAUCUGUCAGGGUUGAUGGCUAACUACAGAGAUCCGCAUACUAAGUUAAGGUAUGCCAAUGCAGAUGAGUAUGCUCGUGUGAAAAUGUUGCCAAGUGACAUCAUUACAGGAUUAUUGACGUUGCGGAGAGCUAAUACAACUGUACCGUGAACUACGUGUAAGAUGAAAAAGAGAUAAUCUUACAUCCAUUACUUUAACCAGUUGCUGUCUUGAGAGACAAGACAUAAUUUGAGAUGACACGCACAACAUCAUGAGAGAGUUUCGGUGAAACUGGUGCUGGGAUUGGCCGAAGUUAAACGAAAUUGUGACUACAGGAAGGAAAUUGCUGAGAGUCCAUUUACAAACUUGAAGGAUUUCAAGGAUUAGGAUAUUUUUGGUCAGAAUAGAGUGAAAAGAAACCAGAUCGAGAGACUCAAGACAAAAUGUGAAGCUUUAAUAGGUCGGCUGUAAAUGAGAUUUUCAGAGGCAGCAAUCACUGAGAGAAAGAACACUUCUGGGGAGAAAGACACCCAACCCCAAAACUGAAUCGGUGAUUAGCUGAAAGCACCAAAAAGAGAAUCUGACUUUUUUAAUGUGUUAUGUGCACCAGACACAAUUUACUACAGUAAUAAUGCUCUGUGAUGUAUCUGCCAUAAAGGAACAGUUGAGGAAUAAAUUUGACACGGGGCAAAAUAAAUAAAUCAUCAUAGUUACUUGUGUGAAGGCCCUUGUGUUAUAUUUAGCUAAUAAGUAAGAUUCCCCACAUCCAUUAAAAUUUUAUUCAUUAUUUGAAAUUAGUUGAAUGUUUGGCUGAGGCAUUAU